CCAGCCGGCUCUCCGGCCCGACUCGCAGGCGUGUCUCAGGAGCUGUCAUGAGGGCGGUAGGCUUGGGCCUGGUGGACUGCCACUGCCAUCUCUCUGCCCCGGACUUUGACAGCGAUCUGGAUGAUGUGUUGGAGAAAGCCAAGAAAGCCAACAUUAUGGCCCUUGUGGCAGUUGCUGAACAUUCAGGAGAAUUUGAAAAGAUUAUACAACUUUCAGAAAGGUACAAAGGGUUCAUCCUGCCAUGUUUGGGUGUUCACCCAGUUCAAGGACUUUCACCAGAAGACCAAAGAAGUGUCACAUUAAAGGAUUUGGAUGUAGCUUUACCUAUUAUUGAGAAUUAUAAGGAUCGGUUGUUGGCAAUUGGAGAGGUUGGACUAGAUUUCUCCCCCAGAUUUGCUGGCACUCAAGAACAGAAAGAAGAGCAAAGACAAGUCUUAAUCAGACAGGUCCAGUUAGCCAAAAGACUAAACUUGCCUUUAAAUGUCCACUCACGCUCAGCUGGAAGACCUACUAUCAGCCUCUUACAUGAACAAGGUGCUGACAAGGUACUGCUGCAUGCGUUUGAUGGUCGGCCAUCCAUAGCCAUGGAAGGAGUGAGAGCUGGGUUCUUCUUCUCAAUCCCGCCUUCCAUCAUAAGAAGCGGACAGAAGCAGAAGCUUGUGAAACAGUUGCCUUUAACUUCUAUCUGCUUAGAAACAGAUUCUCCUGCACUAGGACCAGAAAAACAGACAAGGAAUGAGCCCUCCAACAUUUCUGUUUCUGCGGAGUAUAUUGCCCAAGUGAAAGGGAUCUCAGUGGAAGAAGUUAUAGAAGUGACAACACAGAAUGCAUUCAAACUGUUCCCCAAACUUCGACAUCUGCUCCAGAAAUAGCAUCAAAACCACCCAUUGCAGGACAGCAAUAGGGGGCAGCAUUUACAAAAAAACAAACGUAGAUUAUGAAUCUGUACUGAAGAAGCCUAAAGGGAUACCAGUUAUAGUUUCAGAUAAAUUAUCUUAGAAACAGGACAACUGAAACCUUAGGUUCUGACUCUAACUUCAGCUACUUUUCACUUAGCUAAAUCCUGGCAAGAGACUGGAAAAGCAUUUCUUGCUUUUUCUUACCCAGCCCACUAAAUGGAGCCACUGUGCACUAUCUGAAUCAGACAGUCAGUUCUGGAAUGGGGCUUUGCCAGGUAAAAGUUGGCCCUCCCGUGAUAAAGGGGAGCAGGCCACACUCAGAUCCUUCACUCUUGCUUGCUUUCAUAGGAUUUAAUCAGUAAAGAAAGUGUCUGUUUCUACCAGAAAUCUCUUUCCUGAGUAUAAAAUUGAGCCUUUAGUACUGACUUACUUCUCUUUAAAAACAUUGACCUUAGAUUUUUACUCCUGAGGCCAAUGUUUUGUACAGUCAUUAUUAAAUAAUGAAGCCUAAAAUUUGCUUAACAAACUGAUUUUAUGUUCUAAAUUCUGUCAAAAAUGUAAAAUAUAAAUGACACUAUUAAAAAUGAGUGUGACUUUC